UACUCAUUGGUUGUUUUAGUCAUGUGCCUUGUUCCCCAUUGGUUUGUUCAUGUCAUGUGUCCAUCAUUGUCUGUCUUUUGCCAUUGUCCCCUGUCAUGUAUUACUGUUGUAACCUGCUGUCGGUGAGUCCAGUCAAGUCUGUUUCAUGCCAAGGAUGUUUGGAUUAUCACCUUGUAAAUAAACUGCACUUGGGUUCUCAAUACUCUGGCCUUCAGUGGACUGAUCUUUACACAAUACAAUACCCCCAAAAUGAAUCCAGCAGAUCGCCUAGUGAGCCUCCAUCAAGUUGAGUGGGUCUGCUUUCACUGUGUGUGUCAUGGAGGAGGAACAUGACACUUCCCCAAAGCCUGCUCAUCUCAUGACUGCUAUGCCAAAGCCUACUAACAUCAUGUCUGCCAAACCACAGCCUGCUCACAUUAUGUUUACUAUGCCAAAGCCUGCUAACGUCAAGCCUGCUACUCUAGGACCUGCUCACCACAUGCCAGUUAAGUCACAGUUUACUCAUAUGUCUACCAAGUCUAAGCCUGAUCACAUCAUGUCUGCCAAGCCAGAGUCCUCUAACAUCAUGUCUGCUACCCCAGGGUUUGCUCCCAUCAUGCCUGCUACGCCAAGUCCUCUUCACAUCACGUCUACCAAGCCAGAGCCCGCUGACAUCAUGCCGGUCUCUCAAGAGAUUCUCCACAACAUGGCCGCCAUUGAAGAGCUUCGACGCAAGAUGGACACCACACAAGAGUCUCUUCACAAAAUGGCCGCCCUUCUAGAGUCUCGACACGUCGCAACUGAUCCUCCAGAGUCUCGUCACGACAUAGCCGCCAUUCCAGAGUCUCGUCUCGUCACGACAUGGCCGCCAUUCCAGAGUCUCCUCUCGUCACGACAUGGCUGCCAUUCCAGACCUGCUCCUGAGGCCGCUCCUGACUGUGAAUUCACUCCAGUGGCCCCAGAGGCGGUGGUCUCCACUGCAGAACCUCCAGAGAUCAGAGUCUUCCUGUAUGCUAUGCUUGACUUCAAGCCUCACCUACAUACCAUAAAAGGAAAGGGAAGGAGAAGCGAUAAGAUGUUAAUCGAGCAGUGUGAAGAGUAUCUGCACAUGAAUGAUUGUGAUGACAAAGGUUUAUCCAGUAUGAUCGGAAAUGGCAGCCUAAUCUAUGAGGAGGUUUAUAAAGUAUAA